UUGCAUCCGGGGCCUUAUUCUGGCCUUGGCGGAGUAGGGGUUGGUGUCGCCUAGCAGCAGCUGCCGCUUUGGCUUACUUGGGAACCUUUGGCGGGACACAGAGUCCGCGUGGAACUGCGAUAGGGAUCUCUGUCAGGGUCUGCGGCCGGGUCCAGCCUGGUGGUUGCGAUAGUGAGGGACCUCCGCUGGUUGUCAGGCUUGGUCUAGAGGUGGAGCAAAGUGAAAGAAUUCAAGAUGCCACCUAAUAUAAACUGGAAAGAAAUAAUGAAAGUUGAUCCAGAUGAUUUGCCCCGUCAAGAAGAACUGGCAGAUAAUUUAUUGAUUUCCUUAUCUAAGGUGGAAGUAAAUGAGCUAAACAAUGAAAAACAAGAAAAUGUGAUACACCUUUUCAGAAUUACUCAGUCACUAAUGAAGAUGAAAGCUCAAGAAGUAGAGCUGGCUUUGGAAGAAGUAGAAAAAGCUGGAGAAGAACAAGCAAAAUUUGAAAAUCAAUUAAAAACUAAAGUAAUGAAACUGGAAAAUGAACUGGAGAUGGCUCAGCGGUCUGCAGGUGGUCGGGAUACUCGGUUUUUACGUGAUGAAAUUCGCCAACUUGAAAAGCAAUUAGAACGAAAAGAUAGAGAAUUGGAGGACAUGGAAAAGGAGUUGGAGAAAGAGAAGAAAGUUAAUGAGCAAUUGGCUCUUCGAAAUGAGGAGGCAGAAAAUGAAAACAGCAAAUUAAGAAGAGAGAACAAACGUCUAAAGAAAAAGAAUGAACAGCUUUCUCAGGAUAUUAUUGAUUACCAGAAACAAAUAGAUUCACAAAAAGAAACACUUUUAUCAAGAAGAGGGGAAGACAGUGACUACCGAUCACAGUUGUCUAAAAAAAACUAUGAGCUUGUCCAGUAUCUGGAUGAAAUUCAGUCUUUAACAGAAGCUAAUGAGAAGAUUGAAGUUCAGAACCAAGAAAUGAGAAAAAAUUUAGAAGAGUCUGUACAGGAAAUGGAGAAGAUGACUGAUGAAUAUAAUAGGAUGAAAGCUAUUGUACAUCAGACAGAUAAUGUAAUAGAUCAGUUAAAAAAAGAAAAUGAUCAUUAUCGACUUCAAGUGCAGGAGCUUACAGAGCUUCUGAAGGCAAAAAAUGAAGAAGACGAUCCAAUUAUGGUAGCUGUCAAUGCAAAAGUAGAAGAAUGGACGCUAAUUUUGUCUUCUAAAGAUGAUGAAAUUAUUGAAUAUCAGCAAAUGUUACAUAACCUAAGGGAGAAACUUAAGAAUGCUCAGCUUGAUGCUGAUAAAAGUAAUGUUAUGGCUCUACAGCAGGGUAUACAGGAACGAGACAGUCAAAUUAAGAUGCUCACAGAACAAGUAGAACAAUAUACAAAAGAAAUGGAAAAGAAUACUUUUAUUAUUGAAGAUUUGAAAAAUGAGCUCCAAAGAAACAAAGGUGCUUCAACACUUUCUCAACAGAGUUAUUACAUGAAAAUUCAGUCAACAUUAGACAUUUUAAAAGAGAAAACUAAAGAGGCUGAGAGAACAGCUGAACUGGCUGAGGCUGAUGCUAGGGAAAAGGAUAAAGAAUUAAUUGAGGCUCUGAAGCGGUUAAAAGAUUAUGAAUCGGGAGUAUAUGGUUUAGAAGAUGCUGUCAUUGAAAUAAAGAAUUGUAAAAACCAAAUUAAAAUAAGAGAUCAGGAGAUUGAAACAUUGAUAAAGGAAAUCAAUAAACUUGAGUUGAAGAUCAAUGAUUUCCUUGAUGAAAAUGAAGCACUUAGAGAGCGUGUGGGCCUUGAACCAAAAACAAUGAUUGAUUUAACUGAAUUUAGAAAUAGCAAAUGCUUAAAACAGCAGCAGUACAGAGCUGAAAACCAGAUUCUUUUGAAAGAGAUUGAAAGUCUAGAGGAAGAACGACUUGAUCUGAAGAAAAAAAUUCGUCAAAUGGCUCAAGAAAGAGGAAAAAGAAGUGCAACUUCAGGAUUAACCACUGAGGACCUGAACCUAACUGAAAACGUUUUUCAAGGAGAUAGAAUAAGUGAAAGAAAAUUGGAUUUAGUGAGCCUCAAAAAUCUGAGUGAAGCACAAUCAAAGAUUAGGAGUUCAGACAAAGUAGAGGUGCUGCAUAGGAGAUUAUCAUUCAAUACCCCACAGUCAGAUCAGAAUGAGCCAGAAGAGAAUAUGACCAUAGGAUCAUUAUCAAGAAUGUUACCUGAAAUUCACCGUAGUGUAGAAAGUGGAAUGCAUCCUUUUGUCUCUUUAACUAGACAUUCUUCCUCCAUGCAAGUAAAAGAUAAUUCAACUCCAGAAACUAUUAGAAUACGAGAGAUUUUUAAAGCACCGUGUCUACAGUCUUCAAGAAAUCUAGAAUCGUUAGUCAGCACCUUUGGUAGGGAAAGCCAUGAAGAAAUAAAUGAUGUAUACUGUUUUUCUGAUGAUUCUGUGAAGAAAGUGUCAAGAAGCCAUCAAGCAGUAGAGAAGACUAGUUUUGGACAAAAAUGCAAUUCAUCUUUUCACGGUUUAUCAACAGCUUCAGACUUAACGCUGAAAUUAUCACUUAGGCAAAAAUAUGCAAUAUUUUGUCAACAAAUUCAUGAAAAUAGAGCUGACAUGGAUAAAUCACAAGUAGCAGCAUUAGAAGAACAGGUUCAUACCCAAAUAAAGUAUGCUGAUAUCAAUUUGAAAGAAGAUGUAAUAAAAAGUGAAGCACCCUUACAGACAGAGAUAUUAAAAAAUAAGCUUGAGGUUAAUCUUCCAGAACCUGUGUCUAUUACUGCACAAUCAAAAUUAUCUCAGAUAGAUCCUCUUGAAAAUCUUAUAGAACAGCUAUGGAGAGAACUAGUAUUUCUUAGAUCUCAGAAUGAAAUCAUAGCACAGGAUUUAUUGAUCAAAGAAGCACAGAGUAGAAAAGCAGAAAUAGAGCUUGAACGUCAUAAAAACCAGGCAGAACAGAAUGAAUUUCUUUCAAGAGAACUAAUUGAAAAAGAAAGAGAUUUAGAAAGAAGUAGAACGGUAAUAGCCAAAUUUCAGAAUAAAUUAAAAGAAUUAGUUGAAGAAAAUAAGCAACUUGAAGAAGGUAUGAAAGAAAUAUUGCAAGCAAUUAAGGAAAUGCAGAAAGAUCCUAAUGUUAAAGGAGGAGAAACAUCUCUAAUUAUCCCUAGCCUUGAAAGACUAGUUAAUGCUAUAGAAUCAAAGAAUGCAGAAGGAAUCUUUGAUGCCAGUCUGCAUUUGAAAGCCCAAGUUGAUCAGCUUACUGGAAGAAAUGAAGAAUUGAGACAGGAGCUCAGGGAAUCUCGGAAAGAGGCUAUAAAUUAUUCACAGCAGUUGGCAAAAGCUAAUUUAAAGAUAGAGCACCUUGAAAAAGAAACUAGUCUUUUACGACAAUCAGAAGGAUCAAAUGUUGUUUUUAAAGGAGUCGACUUACCUGAUGGGAUAGCACCAUCUAGUGCCAGUAUCAUUAAUUCUCAGAAUGAAUAUUUAAUACAUUUAUUACAGGAACUAGAAAAUAAAGAAAAAAAGUUAAAGAAUUUAGAAGAAUCUCUUGAAGACUAUAACAGAAAAUUUGCUGUAAUUCGUCAUCAACAAAGUUUGUUGUAUAAAGAAUAUCUAAGUGCAAAGGAGACCUGGAAAACAGAAUCUAAAACAACAAAAGAGGAAAAGAGAAAACUUGAGGAUCAAGUCCAACAAGAUGCUAUAAAAGUAAAAGAAUAUAAUAAUUUGCUCAGUGUUCUACAGAUGGAUUCGGAUGAAAUGAAAAAAAUACUUGCAGAAAAUAGUAGGAAAAUUACUGUUUUGCAAGUGAAUGAAAAAUCACUUAUAAGGCAAUAUACAACCUUAGUAGAAUUGGAGCGACAACUUAGAAAAGAAAAUGAGAAACAAAAGAAUGAAUUGUUUUCAAUGGAGGCUGAAGUUUGUGAAAAAAUUGGAUGUUUGCAAAGAUUUAAGGAAAUGGCCAUUUUCAAGAUUGCAGCUCUCCAAAAAGUUGUAGAUAAUAGUGUCUCUUUAUCUGAACUAGAACUGGCUAAUAAACAAUACAAUGAACUGACUGCUAAGUACAGGGACAUCUUGCAAAAAGAUAAUAUGCUUGUUCAAAGGACAAGUAACUUGGAACACCUAGAGUGUGAAAAUGCCUCCUUAAAAGAACAAAUGGAGUCUAUAAAUAAAGAACUGGAGAUUACCAAGGAAAAACUUCACACUAUUGAACAAGCCUGGGAACAAGAAACUAAAUUAGGUAAUGAAUCUAAUAUGGAUAAGGCAAAGAAAUCAAUAACCAACAGUGACAUUGUUUCUAUUUCAAAAAAAAUAACUAUGCUGGAAAUGAAGGAAUUAAAUGAAAGACAGAGGGCUGAACAUUGUCAAAAAAUGUAUGAACACUUACGGACUUCAUUAAAGCAGAUGGAUGAACGUAAUUUUGAAUUGGAAACCAAAUUUGCUGAGCUUACCAAAAUCAAUUUGGAUGCACAGAAGGUGGAACAGAUGUUAAGAGAUGAAUUAGCUGAUAGUGUGAGCAAGGCAGUAAGUGAUGCUGAUAGGCAACGGAUUCUAGAAUUAGAGAAGAAUGAAAUGGAACUAAAAGUUGAAGUGUCAAAACUGAGAGAAAUUUCUGAUAUUGCCAGAAGGCAAGUUGAAAUUUUGAAUGCACAGCAACAGUCUAGGGAAAAGGAAGUGGAAUCCCUCAGAAUGCAACUGCUAGACUAUCAGGCACAGUCUGAUGAAAAGGCACUGAUUGCCAAGUUGCACCAACAUAAUGUCUCUCUUCAACUUAGUGAGGCUACUGCUCUUGGUAAGUUGGAGUCAAUUACAUAUAAACUGCAGAAGACGGAGGCUUACAAUAUGCGCUUAGAGCAGAAACUUGAUGAAAAAGAACAGGCUCUCUAUUAUGCUCGUUUGGAGGGGAGAAACAGAGCAAAACAUCUGCGCCAAACAAUUCAGUCUCUGCGACGACAGUUUAGUGGAGCUUUACCCUUGGCACAACAGGAAAAGUUCUCUAGAACAAUGAUUCAACUACAAAAUGACAAACUUAAGAUAAUGCAAGAAAUGAAAAAUUCUCAACAAGAACAUAGAAAUAUGGAGAACAAAACACUGGAGAUGGAAUUAAAAUUAAAGGGCCUGGAAGAGUUGAUAAGCACUUUAAAGGAUACCAAGGGAGCCCAAAAGGUAAUCAACUGGCAUAUGAAAAUAGAAGAACUUCGUCUUCAAGAGCUUAAACUAAAUCGAGAAUUAGUCAAAGAUAAAGAAGAAAUAAAAUAUUUAAAUAAUAUAAUUUCUGAAUAUGAACAUACAAUCAGCAAUCUUGAAGAAGAAAUUGUGCAACAGAACAAGUUUCAUGAAGAAAGACAAAUGGCUUGGGAUCAAAGAGAAGUUGACCUGGAACGUCAACUAGACAUUUUUGAUCGUCAGCAAAAUGAAAUACUAAAUGCAGCACAAAAGUUUGAAGAAGCUACAGGAUCAAUCCCUGACCCUAGUUUGCCCCUUCCAAAUCAACUUGAGAUUGCUUUAAGAAAAAUUAAGGAGAACAUUCGGAUAAUCCUAGAAACACAGGCAACUUGCAAAUCACUUGAAGAGAAGCUAAAAGAGAAAGAAUCUGCUUUAAGGUUAGCAGAACAAAAUAUACUGUCAAGAGACAAAGUAAUCAAUGAACUGAGGCUUCGAUUGCCUGCCACUGCAGAAAGAGAAAAGCUCAUAGCUGAGCUAGGCAGAAAAGAGAUGGAACCAAAAUCUCAUCACACAUUGAAAAUUGCUCAUCAAACUAUUGCAAACAUGCAAGCAAGGUUAAAUCAAAAAGAAGAAAUAGUAAAGAAAUAUCAACAUCUUCUAGAAAAAGCCAGAGAGGAGCAAAGAGAAAUUGUGAAGAAACAUGAGGAAGACCUUCGUAUUCUUCAUCACAAAUUAGAACUACAGGCUGAUAGUUCACUAAAUAAAUUCAAACAAACAGCUUGGAAUUUAAUGAAAGAGUCUCCCACUCCAGUUCCUACCCAUAAGCAUUUUAUUCGUCUGGCUGAGAUGGAACAGACAGUAGCAGAACAAGAUGACUCUCUCUCUUCACUCUUGGUCAAACUAAAGAAAGUAUCACAAGAUUUAGAGAGACAAAGAGAAAUCACUGAAUUAAAAGUAAAAGAAUUUGAAAAUACCAAAUUACGGCUCCAAGAAAACCAUGAGGAAGAAGUGAAAAAAGUAAAAGCAGAACUAGAGGAUUUAAGGUAUCUUCUGGCCCAGUCACAAAAGGAGUCACAGUGUUUAAAAUCUGAACUUCAGGCUCAAAAAGAAGCAAAUUCAAGAGCUCCAACAACUACAAUGAGAAAUCUAGUAGAACGGCUAAAAAGCCAAUUAGCCUUGAAGGAGAAACAACAGAAAGCACUUAGUCGGGCACUUUUAGAACUCCGGGCAGAAAUGACAGCAGCUGCUGAAGAACGUAUUAUUUCUGCAACUUCUCAGAAAGAGGCCCAUCUCAAUGUUCAGCAAAUUGUUGAUCGACAUACUAGAGAGCUGAAGUCACAAGUUGAAGAUUUAAAUGAAAAUCUUUUAAAAUUGAAAGAAGCACUUAAAGCAAGUAAAAAUAAAGAAAACUCACUAACUGAUAAUUUGAAUGACUUAAAUAAUGAACUGCAAAAGAGACAAAAAGCCUAUAAUAAAGUACUUCGAGAGAAAGAUGAAAUUGAUCAAGAGAAUGAUGAACUGAAAAGGCAAAUUAAAAGACUAACCAAUGGAUUACAGGGCAAACCCCUGAUAGAUAACAAACAACGUCUAAUUGAAGAACUCCAAAGGAAAGUUAAAAAACUAGAAAGCCAAUUAGAAAGAAAGGUGGAUGAAGCAGACCUAAAACCUAUGAAAGAAAAGAAUGCUAAAGAAGAAUUAAUUAGGUGGGAAGAAGGUAAAAAAUGGCAAGCCAAAAUAGAAGGAAUUCGAAACAAGUUAAAAGAGAAAGAGGGAGAAGUCCAUACUUUAACAAAGCAGUUGAAUACUUUGAAGGAUCUUUUUGCUAAAGCUGAUAAAGAGAAACUUACUUUGCAGAGGAAACUAAAAACAACUGGCAUGACUGUUGAUCAAGUUUUGGGAGUACGAGCUUUGGAGUCAGAAAAGGAAUUGGAAGAAUUAAAAAAGAGAAAUCUUGACUUAGAAAAUGACAUAUUGUAUAUGAGGGCCCACCAAGCUCUUCCUCGGGAUUCUGUUAUAGAAGAUUUACACUUACAAAAUAGAUACCUCCAAGAAAAACUUCAUGCUUUGGAAAAACAGUUUUCAAAGGAUGUAUAUUCUAGGCCUUCACAGAAUCAGGUAUGUGACAGAACUAUGUUUUCAUUGCUUGUUACCAUUAUUAAUAAAUACAAGGGCCUGAUAUUUUUCACAAAAGAAACACUUUGUUCAGAACCAAAAAAGAUCAUAGCAAUAUUCAGAAUUAAAAAUGGGAAGAAAAUAGUUUCCAAGAAUGACUCACAUAAUUGGGUACUGAGAAAUAUUCAGUGGUAUUACAGUAAUAAUGAAAAAUACAAAUCAAGAUAUUGUAGAUGCUAUUGAGUUAAAUAAAUCUGAGGCAAGACCAAAGAGUAAAGUCAAUUUACAUCAACAAAUGGUAGCAGAUUGUAACUCCUUUUUUGAAAAUGAAUCAUGAUCCUAAGAUGAUAAAAUUAAUCAAGAAUGUUGUCAAAAUGACAAACAGGAACAUAAAAAUGAGGAAGAGAAUAAGAUAGGCAAGAGUGAGAAAAGAUAGAACCAUAGCUGAAGAUGUCAGUCAUGACAACUACAGGGAUCUGGAAGAAUCUGCUAUGGAGGACUGUGAUUAUGUGACAGUUGCUGAUGCUGUGGAUCAGUGUGCUGAGGGUGAUGAAACUGAUGUGCCAGUCCAGCCAAGAAAGAAUACAUCCCUGGUUUGGAUACAUGGCCGUCCUUUCUUUGUUAACUGAAUUUUCUUAUAGUAAGUAGCUUACACACAUAUAUAGUGUAAUAGGGAAAGUGUGUAAGAUUUAGAAAAAGCAUUAACUAUUAGUAAGCUUUAUCUUAAGCUCUUCUGACUAGUUCCUACAAAAAUUAGUGAAUAUGCAUUUUCUAAUUUAGUGCUUUUUUUAAUAAUUGGUGUUCAUAAACAAUAUCGUAUUAGAUAAAUGAAUAGCAAAAAUAAGGCACUUAAGAGGUGAUUGUUUUGCCUUAGAAAUUUCUAAUGCAUCUAGCUAUAUUUAGAAGUAAGAUCUCACUACAGUGAAUUAUAUCAGUAAAAUUUUGUUACAGUAUUGUGCAACAUCCUAAGAUAUAUAGCAUGUUUCUCUAGUGGCUUUUUUUGCCAUGUUUUAUAACAGAUACUUUUGUUAUAAUGAGAUAUUACAUAUGUUGCUGUCUAUAUUGUUGUAGGCUCAGGCAGGAUGCUGUGGCUUACUCCUGUAAUCCCUUUGGGAGGCAGAGGCAGGAAGAUUGCUUGAGGCCAAGAGUUUGAGACCAGCUUGGGCAGCAUAGCCAGACCCUCUAUCUACGAAAGAUUUAAAAAUUUAAACAGAGGUAGUGGAACAUGUUUGUAGUCCUAGCUGUUAGGGAGGCUGAGGUGGGAGGAUCAUUUGAGCCCAGGAGUUCGAUGUUACAUUGCCCUAUUCCACUCCAGCUUGGGCAAUGGAGUGAUACCCUCUCUCUAAAAUAAUAAUAAUGAUAAUGAUAAAUUAAAUGGUGGUAGGCUCUGUGCCUUAGCAUAUUUUUCACACAGGCUGGGUAAAGUGUCUCAUGCUUACAAUCCCAGCACUUUGGGAGGCCAAUGCGUCAGAAGCACUUGAAGCCAGGAGUUGAACACCAGCCUUGAGAGACCCCAUCUCUACCAAAUACCAUAGGUAUUUAUCAUUUGCUGAAUCAAAUAGGUACCACAGAAGAGAGGAAGUUAGGGAGACAGAAAUAGUCCCUGUCUGAAAUAACCGUAAAAGUUAUCCUGUCUAGUGCCUUCAUUUAUAAAAUGUAAAAACUGACAACCUUAUGUAAGUGGUAGAAUUUGCUUAGUAUUAACCUAAUAGUGGUAGCAUUUGAAUGUAUACUUGGGCUUUCUUAGGAAGUGGAAAUGUAUUCUUGUGAUUUUAUACAUCAACAAAAUGUGUGUCUUCUUUUUUGCCACUGCAUGUAUGCAUAUGCAUACACAUCUCAAACAAAAAUCAGAUGGACACAUGCAGUCACUGGAUCUAAAAGAUGUUAUAAAGUUGUAUAUAAUAGGUAUUUUAUAAUUAUAAAUUUUAAGACCCAUAAUGUUGGUGGAAUAACUGACUUUACAGCCCAUUAAGCCAAUAGAGACUGAAGGGAAUACAGAAGAAAAAAAGUUGUGCUGAAUAAUUUUAAAAAAUUAUUUCAUAUGAUGCUUUUAACAGUCCUGUGAGGUAGGUGGUAUUCUAAUUUAUAGAAAAAUGCAUAGAAAUAUAUCAUUAAGCACAGUUUAAAAAAAUAGAGUUUAGAAUGACAAGUAACAAUAAAUAUAACUAAUAACCCAAUGUAGAUUCAUUCAGGUCAAAAAAAUGCAAAUAUAAUAUUGAUGGGUUUCAAAGGAGGGAACUGUUAUUUUAACUCAAAGAAUGAAGGAAAUCUUUCUGAAGAAGGUAAGAAUUAAGGCAGUUCUUUUGUAGCCUAGUAUAUUCAUUUGCUAAGGUGGCUGUAACAGACUACUACAGAUUUGGUGGCUUAAACAAUAGAAAUUUAUGGUCUUAGUUCUGGAGACCUGGAAGUCCAAAAUCAAGAUGUAAGCAGGGUUGCUUUCCUCUGAACAAUAUGAGGGAAAGAUCUUUCCCAGACCUCUCUCCUUGGCUUAUAAAUGGCCAUCGUUUUGCUGUCUCUUCAAUCAUCUUUUUUCUCUAUAGUCUCUGUGUCUAAAUCCCCAAAUUUUUCCUUCUCAUAAGGAUAGCUGUCAUAGUCGAAUAGGGUUUACCUUAAAAUCUCAUUUUAACUUGAUUACCUCUGUAAAGACACAGUCUCCAAAUAAAGUCACAUUCUGAGGUACUGGAAGUUAUGACUUUAAUAAAUAAAUGUUUAGAGUAAGGGGAACCCAGUUUGACCCAUAAUGGUUAGAUAACAAUCAUGCCCUACUUUGGACUAACAAAACCACCAUAAAUUACCGAGUCCAGCUCGGCUGUAGAGACCCCCACCUAGGCGGCGCUGAAGGCAUUAGGAAGCAGAGACCCAGAUAUGACUGCAAAGUGCGACUACCCAGGAGCCAACACCCUUCUGAGCUGAGAGCCUCAGGGGGCUGAGGGUUUCCAGAAGAUUCUGACCCACGUAUUUAGUCUCUCUGAACAGGUGAUUACUAUUAACAAACAGGUGUUCUGUGUUUUCUCAUAGAACCAAGAUAAACUAGGUAGGCAGCUGGUGCCUGCUUAAUCACUGAUCAAGGACAAACCAGAAAGUAUUCUCCAUGAGGGAGCCAUGGGGGCAGGGUCACAUAUCCCAUGCUUAAAGAAUUGUUUUAACGGAUAUAUGAUAUACAUUUACUGUUUUGCUACUUUAGAAUGCCCCAAGUAGUUUUCCACUCGGUUGCUGGGGCGGUGGGGGGCAUGCGGUGGUUAGGUUUUCCUUACCAUCAUUUGUCUUAGCAAACAAUGUAAUUUUAUCAUACACUUAGCAGUUCUCAACAGUAAAUCAGCCUAACCGUUAUGAAAUUAUACAUGAAGGCAUUAUAUGUGUGGACAUUAUUAAGUCGUACUUAACUUUGCUUCCAUUUAAAUUAAACCAUACUACAUUUUCUUCUGCAAGUUUUGUAUUAUAACUGACUUAUUUUUGGCUUUCUCCAGAAACUGAUUUUCUCAUAUUCCUUUGAGCGAAAAAAACUUAUGUUUUGGCAGUAU